AGAGAGGUGAGAGCAGUGUCAACAGAUGGCGCUGGUGGCCACCUCUGGGCCGGCACUCACACACUCCAUACAUUUUUUCUCAACUUGAGGAAUACCUGCGGCCACCUGACCUCUGCCGACCCAACACUGACCUGAAACAUGACCUGAAACACCUGAGGCUAGUGAAUGAGAAAGAAUGCCACGGAUACCCACAGGUAGUGGUGGUGUCUCGCGGGGAGCCGUGGGAACGGGAGGAAACUCUUUAAACUGGCGAGAAGUACACCAGCGUGUUCGUGAAUUAAGAAGAACCUUCCUUCAUCUAUCUGUCAAAACUCCCACGGAUGUUACGUUUCGCCGCCUUGGACCCUCACAGUUACGAUGUUAUUUUCUCUUGUCUCCGGGUCAGGGCAGAGAAUCUACACUAUUUUAUGCUGAUAUCAAUCUUGAAGAGACUUGGGGUAGUAGAAUUGUAUACCAAGAAGUAUUGGAUUCGGGCCAUUCCUUCCUCUGGCGGCGGACGUCUCGUGAAGAACAGCUGCUGAGUGAACGGCGCCGCAUCUCCACUUGGGGAAUUACAAACUACGAACUCCAUCCCACAUCUGGUACUCUGGUAUUCCCAGCAUCUUCCACCAUUUUCCAGUGUGUACAUCCAGAACGACCGACUGGGCCUAUUAGCCCCAGAGAAUUACCUAGUGUGCCAAUCAGACUCAACCCACAAAUAUGCCCUGCGAACCCCAACCUUAUUGCCUUUGCGGCUCGAUAUGACAUUUAUCUUUAUAAUACUAAAACAGGGGAGGAGAAAAGAGUAACUCAUGUACAUAGUGGUAGCGGCCGACUAGAAUACGACCCCAAGAGUGCGGGGAUGCCCUCUUAUGUAAUGCAGGAAGAGUUUUCCCGUUAUCAAGGCUACUGGUGGCAACCUGUAUCUCCAGAUGGUGUGUAUCGAUUACUAUUUGAGGAAGUUGAUGAGAGCGAAGUUCCUAUCGUUCAGUUCAUCCUUCCCGAUGAUUCUGCGGGAAUGCUUGAUGAGUUUAGAUUUCCUCGAGCUGGUAUGUCGAAUGCGGAGUCUACGUUACGAAUACUAGAAGUUGAAAUAGGCCCAACAGAGGAGUUAAGAGUGACUACACGACACUUACGCCAUGAUCUCAAGCAACUAGCACCUUGGCAUGAGUACUUAGUCCGUGUUGGCUGGGUUCCUGAUGGCACACAGAUCUGGUGUCAGCUUCUAGACAGACGACAACAGCGGCUUGAGUUGAUUUUACUGUCUCUGUCAUCUUUCACUGGCCAGAAGAGUCCGGCUACACCGUCUGCUCCAUCACCGCCGCUCCUCUCCCCUCAUGUUAUUGUCUCUGAACACUCCAAUACCUGGAUAGAUGUUCAUAAUCUGCUGUACUGGUGGACAAGUCAUGGAGAUUCCAGCCAAAGAAUGUUGAUAUGGGCCAGCGAAGAGGCAGGUCAUCGCCACCUGUAUCUUGUGUUGUGUCAGCUGUCUCCUCCAUCCAGCACAGAGGAUCAUCCUUCCCAUGAAGAUCAAGGUAUGGUGUCUGCACAGUUAGUGCAGAAGAUUGCUCUCACUCGAGGUGAUUGGUCAGUGACAGGCAAUGGCUUGUGGGUUGAUGAGUCUCGAGGCUUAGUGUACUUCACAGGGCUGCGUGACUCUCCUCUGGAACAGCACCUUUAUGUUACAUCAGUAUCACAUUCGGGGCUCAUUCAGCGACUAACGGAACCGGGGUUCUCACACCAUGUGGCAUUAAAUGAGGACUGCAGUGUGUUUACAACAGUGUUCAGUAGUGUGGAGACGCCAUCACAGAGCCAAGUGCUGAAGAUAACACCACAAGAAUCCCCUAACAGCGGAAAUUUAGUGUGGGUCUCUGUAUUGGGUGACCUUGUAAAUGAAACGUUGUCGGAAGGAUUAAGAGAAAUAAAAUCACUGGUCGUACCUGAAGUCUUCACUACAAGAAUAAACAGUGGGGAUAUUAUAUACUCCAUGGUGUUUAAGCCUCAUAAGUUCUCCCCAGGAAGAAAAUAUCCCACUGUUCUCUGUAUAUAUGGUGGACCUCAGGUUCAGCUUGUCACAAAUACUUUUAAAGGUUUUAGACAUAUGCGGACUCACAUGCUUGCUGCUCAUGGAUUCUGUGUGGUCAGCAUUGAUUCCCGAGGCUCCGAUAACCGUGGUGUUGGCUUUCAGGCUCAUCUGAUGAACAGAAUGGGUACUGUAGAAAUAGAGGAUCAAGUAGAAGUGUUGCAUUUACUGGCAAGUCAGUGUGAUUACAUGGAUCUGAGCCGCCUUGCUGUCACAGGCUGGUCCUACGGUGGCUACCUCUCUCUCAUGGCUCUGGCUCAGCGGCCAGAUGUAUUUAAAGUGGCUAUUGCUGGCGCUCCAGUUGUGUCAUGGAGUUUGUAUGACACUGGCUACACAGAACGCUACAUGGACCUGCCCAGUGUUAACCCUGAAGGAUACCGUAAUGGCUCCGUCCUUUCCUACGUCAACAACUUACCUGAUGAUCACAUCUCCAGGCCCCUCUGAUAUUACUCUUGCUGUAGACAGCCUGUACUGUCUGCACAGACAGCCUAUGCUGUCUGCCAGCUUAGUUCAUAUUUCGCGGCAUUCAGGUGCUGCCCUCUCCAGGCCUGCCCAGGUCAGUGGGAUGCUGGUCCCACUCGCACUCUCUCACUCACUCACCGGCCUAGAAGCAGUCAAUAAGUCCUACUCCGUCUCUCCCUCGUGGGAUGAUCCUCCCUAGCCAUGGACACUCGACACACAAGCCUGUGUACCCACCAUGACUUUGCAAAGCAAGAAGAGCCCUCCGCAGCCCUAUAAUUGACUUCACGCCGCCUGCAUCACACAAAUAAUUCUGUUUCACAUUGGUGGGAAGUGGUGGUCGCAGCAGUUGUGUUUGCCUGGAGAGAGGAAGGAAGAGGAAUGAAGUUGUGUUCACUUCAUCCCCCUACACAACAAGCAUCCAUCUCUCAACGAGUUAUCCUUAUGUCGUGUCUGCACGUUUGAGCAUUCAGACACAGGUACAAGCAGGAUCUAGUCGAAAUUUGCCGAAUUUCUUCGAGAAUUGUAAGUGGCGUCCCAGUGACCCCACGCUGUUUCUCAAGUCACGUGUUCAGCAUCACUUGUAUGUUGUGCUGUUGUUGUUCAGCUCAGCACAGCUAUUUCAGCAAGCCAGAGGUGAGUUUUGUGGUGAUUUCUAUGUCCAGUGUGAGUUUCUCCACGUGUUUGUGGAGAGAAGAGGAGGAAGUGGCCGUUCCUUGCCUCGCCCACGCUCGCCCUGCUGUACACUCACACCUCACCAGCCUCCCAUACACCACCAUGCCAUCACUCCCUCUGCUGUGUUUUCUGCCAUUUUCUGUGUGAAUUCAUUGCCAGAGCUGUGUAUCCGAGUGCCCGAGGCCACUCGAAGCCACGUGCAUCACGAAGCCAUGUGGAUCAGCAAGCCAUGUGGAUCAGCAAGCCACGUGGAUCAGCAAGCCACGUGGAUCAGCAAGCCACGUGGAUCAGCAAGCCACGUGGAUCAGCAAGCCACGUGGAUCAGCAAGCCAGGUAGAUCACGACGCCACAUGGGUCACGACGCCACGUGGGGUGUGGACGAUGUCACGUGGACCUACGAGCCAUGCGAGUUGCCAGAUGUCCCAGGCCACAUGCUGUGGUCUGCUGCCCGCAUCACAUUGACGUCACCGAUGCUGCUGCCUGACUUCAUGACGUCACGAUGUCUGCUGACGUCACCUCGAGAUGUCUGCUGACGUCACCUUGCUGAUGUCAUGCCUGACAUCACAUGUCACAUCGAGUUUUUCAGUAAUUAUGUCAGUAUUAUCGAGAAGAUUGAGAGAAGAUAUAUGUCGUGUGUUAAUUAAUUCCUCUCAGUCAGUGUUCUCACAUGUUAGUGUAUAGCUUAGUGUCAAUUUUGUGCACAGAAAAGCAUCAUUUGCUAGUUUAAGCCAUGUUGUACUGCAUGUACCACGGGUGUGUGAAAAGUUUUCCGUGUGUCCUGUGUGGUCUUGAGCCCAGCUGUGUUGACCACAGAUCUGCGGCCAGACCCCUGUGUAGCUCUUUGUUGCCUGUCACCCAGUGUGACCAGCGCGUUUGACAGCUGAUAUUAGUCAUCCCUGAGCAUACGAGCCCCUUUGUACAGAAAAUUCUUAUGCUCGUCGCUCAUAGAUGUUCUGCAGAAUCGUACCUGCUACGAUUCCCAUCGAGAUUUGUUUCACUUCACCUCCAGACCUUCAGAGUGCAGUUAUAUGUAGAGAAACAAGUCUGAGGACGCUUAGACUAACCUCUGCUAUAACUCCAACUGCCGAGAGAAUGACACUCGUCAAGCCGCAGUUAGCCCUGUUGGCAGGCGCUGUGUCAGCCUCGUGUCACAAGCUUCAGUGAGCAGCCUGCACAAAGAUGAUGUCACUUUGACUGCUAGCUCGCUCACUGCAGUCUGGUGUAUGAUGUUACGACUCCCAGAUGUUUCGCCCAGUUGUCUCUGCUACGACUCACUCCACGCUCGCCGGCAGUGACAGCCCCAGCGACAGUACCAGUCGAGAAGUGUCCUCCUGAGUCGCUUGCCAGAAGUCCUGCCCAGUUGCCGAGUUUUGACGACGCCUCACUCGAGGGCACCAGCAUGUCGUGCCCCAGGUUGAGUGAAACCUGCAGUGACUCCUACGAUGACUGCUUCACCGUUCCAGAGGAGACCGUACCCCAUUUCGUCACAGCUCGGCCGCAGCGAUGUCUCCUGUGUUGCAGUAUCUGUCCAGACACAGAAAGGCAUGCAGUGAUGCCCUUCGACGCUCACUGCCUAUGACCACGAUGUUUAGCACACCCCACAUGUUUUUUCUUCCCUCCCUGUAGGAAGUUUUUUUUUCCAUGUCCAUAUGUAUAUACAUGUUUUUUAUUUUGUGUUCUGUGCCCUGUUCCUACAAGAGAGAGACCGAGUUUUUUUACCACCAGUAUUGUCGUGUCGGAACUACGCGAAGUAGGUGGCCGAGCGUAUGUAGACAGCCUGUACUGUCUGCACAGACAGCCUAUGCUGUCUGCCAGCUUAGUUCAUAUUUCACGGCACUCAGGUGCUGUCCUCUCCAGGCCUGCCCAGGUCAGUGGGAUGCUGGUCCCACUCACACUCUCUCACUCACUCAGCGGCCUAGAAGCAGUCAAUAAGUCCUACUCCCUCUCUCCCUCGUGGGAUGGCCCUCCCCGGCCAUGGGCACUCAAUACACAAGUCUGUGUACCCACCACGACUUUGCAAAUAAAGUAAGAAGCCUCUGAAGACGU